ACUUCCCAACUUAUUAAUUCCGCAUUAUUAUCCUUCCCAGUGUCAAGGGCCAAGGCCACUUCAUUAAAAAAGGCUUCACAAAUAGAAAGUCUACGUAAAUUAGUUGUAAUCAAAUAAUUAAUUGUCAUUAAUUGAAACCCAAAUUCUGCAUUAUUUGUGGAGAUUCAUUUCAUUUCAUGUUCUGUCUUUAGCUCAGCCAACUUCAACUCCCCCACUGAGAAAAAGUUUUUCUUUUUCUUUUCAAGAACUCAAACCCUAAAAUCAUCAUCAUUAUCAUCAUCCGUAGUAUCAAAAACCCAGAAUGAAAUUACCAGAAACCCAUCAUUACCAAAUCUCAAGCAGUCUAAUUCCACUCCUAAUUGAAGAAAUCAAUGAUAUCCAAACUUUUAAAGGAAAAUGGUUAGUUAUCAAGUCUAAACUCAAUGAUUUACCAACACAGCUCAAAGAUUUAUCAGAUUUCCCUAAUUUCACAACAAACCCAUUAUCAUCUGAUCUUUUAAUUUCAGUUUCACAGACUUUAACUGACUCAUUAACCCUAGUGAAGAACUGUAAAAACCCUAAUUUCAGUGCUGGGAAGUUGAGAACACAAAGUGAUAUUGACUCAGUUAUAUCUAAGCUUGAUCGACAUGUUCAUGAUAUUGAGAUUCUGAUUAAAAGUGGUGUUAUGAAUCAAGAGACUGGUGGUGGUUCAAAGAGAGAAACGGUGAGGGUGGAAUCCAGGAAUUUGAUUACGCGGUUACAGAUUGGGGAUUUUGAAGGGAGGAGUGCUGCAAUGGAUACGUUGUUGGGGUUGCUGCAGGAGGAUGAUAAGAAUGUAUUGAUUGCUGUUGCACAAGGUGUUGUACCUGUACUUGUUAAAUUACUUGAUUCUAGUUGUUUAGAGAUUAAAGAAAAAUCCGUUUUUGCGAUUUCUAGAGUUUCAUUGAUUGAUAGUAGUAAACAUGUUUUGAUAGCCGAAGGUGUUUUGUUAUUGAAUCAUUUGUUAAGAGUGUUAGAAUCUGGUAGUGGGUUUGCAAAAGAAAAAGCAUGUGUGACAUUACAAGCUUUAAGCUUUUCGAGAGAGAAUGCCAGGGGGAUUGGUUGUAGAGGUGGAAUUUGUUCACUUUUAGCGAUUUGUCAAUCUGGGACGCCGAGUUCUCAAGCUGUUGCAGCUGGUGUGUUGAGAAAUCUCUCUGGGUUUUCUGAAAUUCGGCAGAAUUUUAUUGAGGAGAAUGCAGUUCCAGUUUUGAUUGGUCUUAUUUCCUCGGGUACAGUUGUUGCGCAAGAGAAUGCGAUUGAAUGCUUGCAUAAUUUAGUGUCAGAGGAUGAGAAUUUGAAGCUUCUAGUUGUUAGAGAAGGUGGAAUUGAGUGUUUAAAGAAUUUCUGGGAUUCAUCAGCUAUGGGGCGAAGUAUUGAGUCUGCGAUUGGUUUGUUAAGAAAUAUGGGUUCGUACCGACCAAUUGCUGAAGUUAUUGUUGCUGAUGGUUUUAUAAACAGGCUUGUUGGGGCUUUAAGUUGUGGAGUGUCUGGUGUAAGAGUUGCUGCGUCGAAAGCUAUUUAUGAAUUGGGAUUCAGCACUAAAACGAGGAAGGAAAUGGGUGACUGUGGGUGUAUUCCUCCUUUGGUUAGGAUGCUGGAUAUGAAAGCAAUUGAAGAGAAAGAAGCCUCAGCAAUGACUUUGUCUUCUCUCAUGCAGUUAGGAAGUAAUCGAAGGAUUUUUCAGAAGGAUGAAAGAGGGAUACUUGGUACGGUACAGCUUCUUGAUCCUCUUGUGCAGAAUUUGGAUAAGAAAUACCCAAUUUCAAUAUUGCUUGCUAUAGCACAUUUGAAGAAGUGUAGGAAAGAAAUGGUGGCUGCAGGGGCUUGUGGGCACUUGCAAAAGCUUGUUGAAAUGGAUAUUGAAGGUGCUAAGAAACUAAUGGAAAGCUUGAGUCGUGGUAAACUUUGGGGGGUAUUUCCCAGACCAUGAUAGCAGUGAGAUAAUGAAGAUGGUUGAUUUCGUGGAGGGAGCGUGUGAUCGUCUUGAUCUUUUAGUAUACCGCCAAGCUGGGAUCUUGACCAACAGGGGUCUGAAGUGGCAUCCAAGUCUUAACUACCAGUUAUCUGUUAUGUUGGCUGGGGUAUAGUACUACUUGGAAGAAGAAAAAAAAUACAGAAAACUGAGACCCCGUAAAACCGAAAGCAUGAACUGGUAGUUUUCUAUGCUAAAUUAUUGAAGCAGGAACGUUGAUUUACAUUUCUGGUUGAAGUCAACUCGUCAAGAGAUGCUCAUAUAGUUGACAUGAUGCUUUAUCUCUGUAGUUGCUGUUUUGGAUCUUUGAUCUCUGCAUUGUUCUGUUCUUGACUGCUAGAUAAUAAGCAGAGUAAGAAAGGUAAUUGCCUUUCUGCAAUCUUUUCAUGAGACGGAUAAUUUCUCUGGAUGCGUAUGUCGAGUUACUCAGGCCUUUCACACGGUCGAUGAGGUCCUUUUCGCUGAAUACACGUUUUCCACUCGUAUUUUGCUU